CCGACACUUCAACAAAAAAAAAAAAGAAAGAGAAAAGUAAACUCUUUCUUUCUUUCACCAAAAGAAUAAAAAAGAGAAAAAUUAUUGUUCCAUCUUUCUUUCUGAUUAUCCGAUCUAACAGAGCUCCAUGGAUCGCCGUAUCUAUGGUGGCUCCGCCGUCACUGUUCUCUUUCUCUUCCUACUCAUCUCCUCCUCCACCGCAUCUGCAUUAUCCAAGAACCCGAAUCCUUCAUCCGGGUCGGGUCAGAUCAACUCCAACUCCGUCCUCGUAGCUCUCCUCGACUCUCGUUACACGGAGCUCUCCGAGCUCGUCGAGAAGGCGCUCCUCCUCGAGACACUCGAAGACGCCGUUGGUCGCCACAAUAUUACCAUUUUUGCCCCUCGCAACGAAGCUCUCGAGCGUGACCUUGACCCUGGGUUCAAGCGGUUCUUGCUCGAGCCAGGUAAUCUCAAAUCUCUCCAAACACUCCUCAUGUUCCACAUUAUCCCUAAUCGGGUCGGGUCCGACCAAUGGCCCUCCGAGGAUUCGGGUCGGGUCAAGCACCACACGCUGGGCAACGAUCAUGUCCACUUGAGCAAGACCAAAGUAGACGGCAAGAAGAUGGUGGAUUCAGCUGAGAUUAUCCGACCCGAUGAUCUGACCCGACCCGAUGGAUUGAUACACGGGAUCGAACGGCUUCUCAUCCCUCGCGCCGUUCAAGAGGAUUUCAACCGCCGUCGGAGCCUCCAAUCAAUCUCCGCCGUCUUGCCCGAAGGAGCUCCGGAAGUUGACCCGAGAACCAACCGUCUCAAGAAAAAACCCGCACCAGUACCCGCCGGAUCCCCACCGGCUCUCCCGAUCCAAUCCGCCAUGGCUCCUGGUCCGUCGCUAGCUCCGGCACCGGCUCCGGGACCGGGAGGGAAGCACCACCACUUCGACGGUGAAGCUCAAGUGAAGGACUUUAUCCACACGCUGUUGCAUUACGGCGGUUACAACGAGAUGGCAGACAUUCUGGUGAAUCUGACGUCACUAGCGACGGAGAUGGGUCGGUUGGUGUCGGAAGGAUAUGUGCUAACGGUUCUUGCUCCGAACGACGAGGCUAUGGCGAAACUGACGACGGAUCAGCUGAGUGAGCCAGGAGCGCCGGAGCAGAUCGUGUACUACCACAUCAUCCCGGAGUAUCAGACGGAGGAGAGUAUGUACAAUUCUGUUCGGAGAUUCGGGAAGGUGAAGUUCGAUACGCUGCGUUUUCCUCAUAAGGUUGCGGCUAAGGAAGCUGAUGGUUCGGUUAAGUUUGGAGACGGUGAGAGGUCGGCUUAUUUGUUCGAUCCAGACAUUUAUACGGACGGUCGGAUUUCGGUUCAGGGGAUUGAUGGUGUUUUGUUCCCUGAUGUGGAGGAGAUUGUUGAAUCCGUUAAAAAACCAGUUAAGAAAGUUGUUGUCCAGCCGAGAAGAGGGAAAUUGUUGGAAGUAGCCUGUAGAAUGCUUGGUGCUUUUGGCAAGGACACUUAUCUCAGCAAAUGCCGGUGAAUUCGUAAAUCCGCCUAAGAAUUGAUUUAGGUGACUGAAGAUUUGGCCUUGGGUGAAUAGAAAACGAAGAAAAGCCAACAAUGUUCAAAAACACAAUCUUUCAGGGAAUGAGAAGGAUGUUUUGUUUUUUUUUUCUUUUUAAAUAUAUAUAUUUUUGGGGUGGGGGUGUUUGAUAUUUGGUCUGGAUUAUGAAUACUGUAAUUAGAUAUAUCAAUCAUUUUUUAAUUAAUUUGGUGGUGUAUGAGAACGAGAGUACAUUUAAUAAAAAGGGGAACAAAGAAUUUGUUGUU